GUGGUGACUCCUACAUUACUACUCCCUCCGUUUCAAGGAAAUAGAAUUUGUGUGGCUGUAAAAUUUUUAAGUUUGUGGUCUGAAAUCUGUCAUAUUAUUUGAGCGGCUAUAAUUGCUUCUUAUUAAGAAAAUAUUGAAAGGUUACUAAUAAAGAAACAGUGUCAAUCUUUUUAAAAUUACGGGAGUAAUUACUAGCUAGUAGUCAUUAUUUUUGCAAGAGUCUUGGCAAGAACAGAUGCAUCACUUAAGGGGACUCAAGAGGAAACUAAUAUCAUCCUCUGCCUCUGCAGAAAAGCUGAAAAAAGAGCAGUAUUUAAAGAAUGGAGGUGCACUGCUAGAGGAGUUUAUUGCUUUAUGCGACGGAAAAUGCCAAAUUCCCCUCAGUUACUUCAGUGCCACAGAAAUCGAGAGGGCAAUAAAACACCUUGAAAAUACCAUGGAGAUCUUCAACAGUCAUAUAGUUAUGGCCUCACUGGAUAACCGUCGUGUUUUAAUGAGGUUCGUCCCACCAGAACAUUUUGAAAAUCUCAAUAAUAUAUGCCGAGAUAUAGCAGUUACUUCUCAGAUGAGUCAUCUCAAGAAUGUGCUAAAACUUGUUGGUUGCUGCCUAGAGCUUCCGGAACCAGUUCUUGUGUAUGAAUAUGUUGAUGCUAUAUCUCUUGAAAAUUUACUUUUCAAGAAGUGUAAUGCUAAAAAAUCAGUUUCUUGGGAACGCAGAUUGCGUAUUGCCAAUGAGGUUUCUUCAACAAUUGUUUAUCUCCAUAGUGAAUUUACUACGCCAAUCAUCCAUAGAGAUAUAAAGCCAUCGAAUGUGAUUAUAGAUCAGAAUAACAGUGUUGCCAAAAUAAUGAACUUCUCAUACUCCAUAUCAUUGCCUCCGGGAGAAUUGGAAGUAGAAGAUGUUGUUUGUGGAACAUAUUGGUUUGUAGAUCCUGAAUAUAUGGUCUCGGGAGUUGUUACUCAAAAGACUGACGUCUACAGCUUCGGAGUUCUUCUCUUCCAGCUAUUAACCAGAAAGAAAGUGAGUAUGAUUGAUGGCAAGAUGAAAGAUUACGAACAAUUACCCAACUGUGUCGAAUAUAAUAUUGAAGAGUGUAAUGUAAUGGAUAUAGUGGAUCCUACCAUUUUGGCCGAAGAGCGUGGAAUUGAUAUUCAACAACUAUUGGAUGACUACUUAGAUCUUGUUAAGAGAUGUACGCUCUCGAAGGGUGAAGAUAGACCAUACAUGAUUGAUGUUGCAAAGGAAUUACGUCGAAUUGAGAAGUGUUUUCGUGUCCUCACUCAAGGUCUGCAUUAGAUGUGUGUGUUUUACACGAUGGCAAAAUUACUGUAAAAUUCAAACUCUUGGUUGUUACGAACAGUCACCAGGGAACAUUACGAGUUUGCAGGAACAAACUCUUUACUCAUGGCUCAUACAAACUCAUUAUUGAUGGCUGUUGUUUGAUGUAAAAUCUUAAUAAAGGAGUUACCCUGCAUAUGAAGCACAGUUUGAACUAGCUUGCACUUGUGAAAUGUCCAUGGCUCCUGUUGUUUCUAACUUUCUGGUUGUUUUCUUUUCGUUACUGUUGUGCUUAUGCUUCACUUAGUCGAGGGUCUAUUUGAAACAAACUAUCUAUCUCCACGAGGUAGGGAUAAGAUCUGCGUACACGUUAUCCUCUUUUGAAGAUUAUUCUUUGUUCCA